UGGAACCGAUGGCUGGCAUGCAAUAGUAGUUGAAUUAAGACAUGAUUUGAUACUUGGCAAGGGGUUGUACUUUAAACUUGAACAAUCAAAGAACUUCCUAACAUGUCUAAUGAAUUACUAGCAUGCUUUAUCACUUAUUUCGAAUGUUGCAAAGAGCUUUGAUUCUAUCUAGAAAAUGAAAAUGUACCUCGGAAAUGUGAUCCUAGCCUGCUUUAUUAUUUUUUACAAAUGUUGAAAGAAACGAACAAUUAUAAUUGCAAAAGAAGCUUCUGCUGAGAUUAACAGUGUAGUCUUAUACUGUGCUGUCUUCAUAGAAAUAAGUCCUAUUGAGUCUGAAGGGGCUGGCUCCCUGGUAAGCAGGUAUAAGGCUGUCCAGCAGGACAACCCAGUUUCACCAAAUUUCGAAGUUUGAGUUCAAAGCCAAGGUCAAAAUCUUAAUGUCAUUAUGUGGAAUUUCAAUACAAAAUUGACAAAAGAUAACAAAAAGAAACUCAACAUGGUCCAAAAUGUAUUUCAGUUCUAAUGAAUGUGCAGAGACCCAACAAUGUGAAGACGUCAUACACACAUCAGCAAAGGUGGUUACUAUAUUGGCCAUGUGUUGCAACGAUGCAAACUGCUUAUAAGAGUUUGGGGAGUGGUUGGUUAAAAUUUCGUUCUUUAAAACUAAAGUUUUAGUUUUCAAUUGGAGCUCAACUGAAAUACGGUAACUCCUGAGUGCUUUAAAGCUGAGUCCAUAAGUUUUUUUUAUUUACUAUAUAUUUCCCCCCUUAUUAAAGAAAGUUGUUCACAGACCCAGAGGUUCAGAACAAGGGUCUCUUUUGUAUUGAUUUUUGGGGACUACACGAACCAGCAGGGAGCAGUCCUUGAUAUUUGACUCUGGCCCAGAUGAACCCUUAUUAGUAAUGCAAGAUUUUUCUCUUCUUAAUAGGUUCUGAAAAUGAGAAAGCGCAAUUUCUAGGGAAUAAUAUAUAUAUAUAUGUCUUCCUUUCAGCCUGGCUAUCUGUCGCCCUGUGUUCUUGGGUAUAGUCGCUUUCCCUUUUACGGUGAAGUAUGAAACAUCCAUUUAAUCUGCUAUUGUUCUUAGUCAGCCUCAGAUGUUCCACCUUUGCACAAACAACGAGGCUGGUGAACGCUGCAGUACGGUGUUCAGACUGCCACCCAAAUGCCACCUGCGAGGAGAAUGGAGACCUCCGCCAAUGUAUCUGUCAAGAUGGGUUCACUGGAGACGGGGCCACUUGCUCCGACGUGGAUGAGUGUUCCAGCCGCGGUCUAAAUCAUUGCCAUACCUUAGCAACCUGUAUUAACGGCCACGGCAACUAUUCCUGCUCCUGCCCUGAGGGUUACGAUGGAGAUGGCUUCCAUUGCGAACCUGCUGGCUUUGCUGAAGAAUGUGUGCGGAUCAACGGAUCCCGUUCCUGCUCCGAUCCGUGUUCGAGUCACACGGUUCUGGAUCAGCCCUGGCGAAGCACCUCCUAUGGGGUUGGAGGUAACUGUGACAGUGAUAAAAAAGGGUGGUAUCGAUUUGUAGGCAGUGGAGGAGAGCGCAUGCCAGAAUCUUGCGUGCCAAUCAAUAGGUGUAACACUGCUGCACCCAUGUGGCUAAAUGGAUUGCACCCCACCCGUAAUGAUGAAAUAGUAACCCGUACCGCCUGCGCCAACUGGAGUGGUAACUGCUGUCACUGGUCUAUCCCUGUACAGAUUAAAGCUUGCAUAGGUGGUUAUUACAUCUACCGGUUUCAAGGGACACCAGUUUGUUCCUUGAGUUAUUGCACAGAUCCAGCGUACGUAGGGACCCCGUGCCCUGGAUGCAAUGCAGAUGAAGAGUGCAUGCUGAUCAAUGGAAAAUGGGGCUGCUCCUGCAGUACUGAUGCUUCUAACUUGGAGCCACAACUGGAGUGUGGUGCAAAUGAAAUCAAGGUCUCCAUGCCGAAGUGCCCUCUCAAUAGCUUCCAGAAUUUAACCAUGCAUCUCAGAGACAACAAAUGUGAUGGUUUCGUAGAGCAGGGGAAUAGAACAGUGGUCUCUGUGGUGAUACCCACCCAAGCUGGCCAGUGUGGAAUGCUAUUGACGAAAAAUGAAACCCAUGCCACAUAUAGCAACACACUCUAUCUGGCUGAUGGGACUGUCAUUAGAGAGAACGAAAUCAAAAUUAAUUUCCAGUGCUCCUACCCGUUGGAUAUGGAAACCAGCCUUAGAACAGCUAUCCAGCCCAUUGUCAGUUCAACCAACAUCAGCAUUGAAGGAGCAGGUCAGUUUAUAAUUAAGAUGGCUCUCUACAGAGACCAAAACUACACCUCGCCCUAUGAGGGAGCAAUGGCCGUGUUGCCAACUCAGUCCUGGCUCUAUGUUGGUGUCAUGGUCACCAGUGGGGACGUGAGCCGCUUCGUCUUGCUGAUGGACAAUUGCUUUGCAACGGCCACAGAAGACGCCGCUGACCCUCUGAAAUAUUUCAUCAUUCAAAACAGCUGCCCAAACAGACGGGAUACCAGUAUAACAGUCCCAGAAAAUGGAGUCUCGGCUCAAGGACGGUUUUCCCUCCAAGUGUUCAAGUUUGUUGGGAAUCAUAACCUCGUUUAUCUCCACUGCGAAGUUCGCCUCUGCGACCCUAGUGCUGGACCAUGCAGACCGCGCUGCGCAGGAAUUGAAAGUCGCCAGGCUGCUGCUGUCGCAAAGGGCCAUUUGUUGGAUGUGGGUCCCAUUGCCCACCAAGGUUUCGAACAUCUUGCUGGGGCUGCUGCACCACAAGGUUUACAAGGAGCGUGGAUGACCGUGCUGAUGUCUGCUGUUCUAGUCUUCUCCAUCCAUACAUUUGCUUAACAGCCCAUGAGAGGAAACCUUGCUGAAGCAGCAGUAAGCUGAUGAAGAAUUCAGUUGAACAGAGAGAGGAAAACAUAAUGGGCUACCUGCGUGCUGAUUUUCUUUUACUGUGGUGGAGGGGAUGGAAAUCCAGAUCAAUUUAAUGUGCUCUUCUUAGAUGAAUUUAUUACAAGAGUGGCCCAGCCUUUCUCCUGCACUCCUUCCUGGUCAGUCCAAAGCCACGAAUGACGCUCUCCAUGAACGUGCUUCUGAUACCCAACCCCAUUAUUUCAACUUUGGAACAUCUUAUUUGAGCUUACUGCUGCCACUAAUUGAAUGCACCACUGGGGCCCAAAAUGCGCGUAUGUAGAAACUAGCCUACUGUACAAAACUAGCCCAAUGUCACAUCAGCGCCAUGACCAUCGCUGGCAACUGGCUCCCAGAAGUUUGCAGUGUGGCCCAUGGACUUAAAAAAAGAAAGGUUCCUUGCUCCUGCUCUGGAGCAACGUUGUCAUUGUGGGAAUUAAAACAGUGCCUUAUUAGAUCCCAGACUCAACUGCCUAAUACAGGAGACUCAAUAUAAGUGUUUGUGUAACUUUGGGCCCCGCCAAGGCACUGGGACCCCAGCAACUGCCUGUAGAUGCCUCACUCUUGUGCCAGACCUUCUUCCUUCUCACAUUGUCUGUUGAUGGGGGACGGCUACUUUCAGCGUAUAUCUCCAGUGCUCAAGCACUUGCACUAGCUUCCCUUACACUAACAGGCUGGGGUCAAGGCAGUGGCGUAGUGGAGGGGGCACAGGGGUAGUUGCCCUGGGUGCAAAAUUGUUGGGGUGCAAAAUUCCAACCCCCAGUGCUGCCUCAAUACAGCUGCACAUUUCUAUCCCUGGGCUCCAUUGAAAACAGCUUCUACGUGCAAAACAGGAAGUGACCUCACCAGACAACGGAACGACUCUUCUUAUCUCUGUGGCUGCAAUCUUCUGGGUGAUACAGACACCAAUAGGCAGUUGAAUGUGCAUGCAUACUCCCUCGCAUAGCCCCGGGCACUGACAACCCACGCUAUGCCACUGUUUCCAAGGUCCAGGAUGCCUGAAGUCUGAGGUAUUUGUGGGGAGUCACUGUUACUGAUUUUCCACGGCUCUGAUGAAUGGCUUGUACCAAUCAGAGCUGUGCAUUCAGUAUUGAGGGCCCUGUUUUAUAGAACUCCCUUCCAGUGGAGGUCAAGACAAGUCCCUCCUACCUGUUGAACUUUCGGUACCUGCUGAAUACUUAAAAAAAACAUUUUGCAUGUAUUUAAACUGAGUUCUGAUGUUAUCGUUUUAACCCAUUUUAAUUUUCAUUGUGUUCUUCAUAACAUCAGUUAGAGACAGCUCCAGUUAAAUGGUAUACAGACUGUCUAAAUAAAUAUUUGCAGAAAUAAAAAUUACUUUUCCCACAGCAUGCAUAUCGAGUCCAAAUUUGAUGGUUACAGGGGGCUGAAUCCACUGUGC